CGACUUCCCGUAGUUUUUCAUGUUGUUGUGAAAGCUCCUUCGUGCGGCUGAAGCAGAAACAGUCUCGAUCCUGUCUGUUUUCACUGCCCCGUUAAAGACACGCGUCUAUUGCAUCAUUACAGCUGCUAACUCCAGCUAGCUGCAGGUUCCAAAGUUAAAGCAGAAGACACAGAUCACGAUGUCCGGCGGCGUGCUGUGUGGUCGAGGCAGGUUGAUCCUGUCUCAGACGGCGGGCCGUCAGGCACUAGCUGCUCUUGGGGUCGGCAGAACCAGAACCUUCUCUGCUGCAAGCUCGGAUGAGCCUUAUAUAACUGUAUCUCACACAGACUCGGGCCCCAGGACUGUGUGGCCCGAUGAGAACAUGGGACCAUUUGGACCUCAGGACCAGCGCUUCCAGUUACCUGGCAACGUUGGGUUUGACUGCCACCUGGAAGGCAUGGCGAACCAAAGGAAGACUCCAGUCCACAGGACGGUACCUGACGUGCUGACGGCGCCGAGCAGCAUAGAGCGACACCAGUUCAUACUUGCCCAGUUCGUCAGUGAGUUCCAAGGAAAACUGGGUCCUUUAUCUUUGAGAGUCCACAAAGCUGAGCAGUAUUUUACCCAGACAGACACAGACUGCAACAUAAAUUCCUGCCCUGAGCUGUUGAGGAAAGAUCUGGAGCUGCUCUUUCCCUCUGCACCCACCACAUCCAUCACAGUUGUGACGGUGACCCAGAGGAGCAUUGGCUGUGAGGAGCAAGUGGAGGAGGAGGAGGAGGACAAAGAUCAGCUGUUGCACAGAUUUGUGAGUGGAGCAAAAGAGAUGUGCUUCGCUCUGUGGACUGCAGGAUACUGGGCCGACUUCAUUGACCCAACAACAGGAACAGCUUUCUUUGCGUCUCCAUCAAGUCAGACCACACUGCCAACAGACGAGGACCUGAGAGAGCUGGGCUUUCACAUCGAGGUGUCGGGCUCCUGCACUGUGAUCCGCCACAUCCUGAGAGGAACGCCUUUAUUUGUUGGGACUGUUUUCACUAAUGCGCCAACAUACAGCACCGCCAUCGCCAGACUACAAGGACUUUCAAAUAUACUGGAUGAUGACGAAUAGGCUUUUUUUU